AUGAAAAUUAUAUCACCACAUGAUAAAGAUAGUGUAUUAGUUGUUUCACCUCUCCUACCUCCUCUUAUUGAAGAUAUAGAAGAAAAUAUAUUUAUCAAUUCAGAUGAUGAAUUAACAACUGAGAAGCUUCAGCAAACACUAAAUGUAUUGUAUAUUCAUAAUCCAAUGCCGAUUAAAGAUUUAUUAGACCUUGAAGAGGAAAAAGCAGAGAUACACCAACAAUUUAACGAUGAUAACUUUUUAGAUAUUCUGCGCAAUGCUCUGCAAAUUGUUGAUAAAAGAAUUGAUGAUAGUGAAGUUACAAUGAAGUCUUUGUGCAAGCUUUAA